GGCUUUUUUUACAUCGCCGAAAGAUCGCGGGAGAUUCAAACGAGACGGUUUCCGAAUCUUUCGCGCUCUGUCACUCCGGCGAAAUCACACGUUCGCAGAUCGAAGACUCUGGUUUCCAUUUCCCGUCUGCCUUUUCGCUAAAUAGCCUACACCAGCCUCCUCGCCGUCGUGUACCUCAUGCUGCACGCCGACGACCACAACAUCAUCCAAGUCGCCAUCACGAGCGCCAGCGUCUGCGGCUGCUACAACGAAUUCACGUUUUCCGAGCCGUUCACUACUUACUCGGUGCACAUAACGUGGGGUAGCACGAAGUGGAUGCUCCAGAAACGCUACUCGGAGUUCCUCCGCCUGUACAAGCCGCUGCGCAAGGCGCUUGCGCCGUCGCUCUGGGCAAAGGCGCCAAAGCUCAAGGCGGCGCCGAUCGUGCAAACCUUCUUGGCCACGCCGUUUCCGAAGAAGCACCUGCGCAUGGACACGGACGCCAUCCGCGCCGAGCGCCGCGUCGGCCUCGCGCGCUUCACCGAGGUCCUCGUCGCCCUCCGCUGGCACUUGCGCGCGCAAGCCGCGACAAACGCGAUCUUUGAGCUCGUCAAUGCGUUCCUUGAAGUGCCCAAGCACCGUCAGACGUACGAAGCCCGUAAGUUGUCGUCGCUGCCCCGUGUGUCCCGCGCCGGCACCGAGCUCGCGAUCGAAGACGACAGCGACGACAGCGACGACGACGAAGGGUGUGCGAUCUGCCUCUGCGAAUUCGCGUCUACAGAAGCCAACGACAACAACGAGGCAACGACCAGCGUCACCUUGCCGUGCAAGCACGCGUUCCACGAACACUGCGUCUUUUCGUGGCUGGAGCUGCACCAGUCGUGUCCGAUCUGCCGCCAGCUCGUCGUGUACCAGAGCAGCGCCUAGUCGUACUCGCGCUCUUGUCGUUUGUCCUUGUCGCGUUGUCUUCUUGAGUGUAAUCAUUGCACUGUACUGUGUCCUUGUAGACCUUGCUCUUGGGCCCAUCGCCGACACCAAAUCGCGUUGAUUGCCUACACCAGCUCGUAAUGGACGGGCACUUUGUGAAUGGCACCGGAUAUCAACCAAGCAUCUAUGCAUAUGUCUCUGAACGACGUAGUUCUACUGCGUAGGCUCGUUCGUUGGCGAUGAAAAUUGCAAAAAUAGAGCCGCUUAGUCAUCAGUCUUUUCAUGCAGCCAAGUUCAAACUAUGGAAAUAGGUUAAUUACGAGAUAACGCGAACGCUUGCAU